AUGCUGGUAGAAAAUGCGCUGGGGACAAGCAUGGAGCAUCAGGCCGCCCUCGAAUCCCUCCUCGAAGUCUACGAGGCCCUACGCAAGGCCGUUCGUGCGCAACUAGACGGGACCGGCUCUCACGCGGUGCACCGCGGCCGGGCGGAUCUCCAGGCCCGUGCCAUCCGCGAAGCUCUACAAGUUCUCGCGGCGGAAACGAGCGCUCUCGAGGGGGGGCCGCAGGACGGGGGCAGAACGCCCCCCCCUGGCGAGAAGGAAACGAAACUGUUGCAGGGGCACGUGCAGGUUUUCCAGGCGCUGUGGGAACACAUUUCGGGGGAGCUGGUCCUGUGUCUCGGCCAGGCGGAUCUGCCGGAAGUCGCGGGGUUGCUGCAGUGCGCGCAGGAGAGCCACUCCGACUUUCUGAAGAGAGUCAGCUGGCCGGCCGCGGUUCCCGCGACCCCGCCCCCCCAGAACGAUUUGCGCGAAAGCGCGGGGAAGGAGCAGAUACAGGUCCUCGUGUUGGAGAACCAGAGGUUGCAGAGGACGAUCCAAGAGCUUGCGGGGUGGGGGAACCCUGGGCCACUGGAAAAGCCCCCUCCGCUAGUUAUCCCCCCCACCCCAGCAACUCCGGGGGGCAGCGUUGACCCGGGGUCGUUCUCGCCCUCGCCCCAGAACCCCAACCCCCGGAAAAGCGAAGCGCUCGCCGCGCCGCUGCUUUUGCAGAGGCCCCGCGCGCGCACCGAGGACAUGACUCUGCUUCAGGGGGAUAGCGGGGUGCCGAAGAGGCCUUCGCCCAAGGCGUUUCUACCCCCCGGGAACGGAGUCGAACGAGCGCCCGCCGAUCAAGAUAGGGCGGGCGCAAGCGGUAGAGAAGCCUCGGAAGGCCUGCACAGGGCCCGCACGCUCGGCGCUGACGUCAGCGACAAGCACGCCGACGUCAGCAACCGCCUGCAACGGAGCGCGUCCACGCGGGUCACACCCAAUGCUGACGUCAGCGGGGCGGGGGGAGGGGGGGAGGCACGUGCCUCCAAGGCCGGGAGGAAAUCGGCGACUGCCGCCGCUUUGCGAGCGAGCGCGGAGCAAAUGUUGGGAUCGUUCCGGAGGAUGUUGCACACGUCGGGGGGGGCGGGGGGCGGUUCGGACCUUCCGGGGGGGGAGGUAGUGGAAGCGGCGAAGACAAAAGCGCUGGGUUCGAUUAUGCGAGGAAACUCGUGGUUCGGCAAGGAGGGCAACGGGCGGCUGAAAUCGAGACAAGACGGCGCGAUCGGACGGACGAGAUCGAACACGGUGGCGGGGUACAAAACGUCGCCCCGAAGGACACCUUCCGGACGGAUAACGCCACGGACGACCCCCCCAGAACAAGCACAGCACCCGACGUUUUCUCUGUCAAGGGGGGUUGCGCGGCAGUCAAUGUCAAGCCCUGUCCCACCCCCCGAGACAGCGAAUCCUGCCGCCAGUCCGCGGUUUGACUUCUCCCCCCCACUCAGUCCGAGCCAAGCAGACAUUCCUGACGGCUGGGAACGCUUCGCCGAGGUGUCGAUCCCUUCCACCCCACGAGGGGAAGUGGGGAUCUGGAGUAUCGCGCCAACCCCCACCGCUGCGAGGGCGGCGCUUAUCGCCGCAACGGGGGGCUCCGCGGCCCUGCUAGAAAGGGGGGGGGGCGCCAAUCUGCCGCUUGGGGAACAGCCCACCAACGUUUCUCCGGGGGGAAAGGUCGCGGUUCUCAUUCCGGGCCCUUUUCGGUCGGAAAAGCCGUUGCAAAACUUCCCCUCCGAAAGUGCACGGGAGGACGCUCCGGGGGGAGCCGAGCAGAGCGAGCCACAGCCCGGAUUUACCCCCCCUGGACCCGGUUUUUCGUCAUCCGGAAACGGCUUCACCCCCCCAGGACAGGGGUCGACGAUCGGCAUGAUCAGCGAACCACCAGUCCAAUGGGAAAUGCAAGACGCGGCUGAACACGAUCUGAGAAACAUUCCAGAGACAGAAAAUGACGAGGCGGCGAAUCUGGGGGAGGGGAGUGCUGAGCCCGCGGCCAUCGACAGCGAGUACUUCUCUCAUCCCGAAGAUGACGUCAGCGCCGCAAACGGAGGCGAGCACGAUAAUUCAGAGACGGGGGUCUCCCCCUGCUCCGAAAGAAUCCUAGCGCUGCGAGACCGGUUGUUAGGCGACCAGGAAAGCCUUCCAAAGCUCAGCCAGUCGCCGCAGAACCGGCUCAGCGGCCGCGGCUCGUCCUCAGAGCGACACGUGUCCUCCGACGAGCGCGAGAACAAGGACCCGUUUGAAGGAAGCAGCCAGCGGAUGGCGAAAAAUGGGGGGGCGCUGGAGAGGGGAAGAAGUGCCCCCCAGCAAAAGCUGGCUCCAGGGGGCGGGUUCAUGAGGCGGAUGUCGCUCAAGGAGCUGAAGGUUCUGAUCGAAGAAGUGUACGCUUCCAAGGAGAAGCGCGACGCGCGGUGCCUCGCUUGUGGCCUACCCAAGGAGACGCUGGAGCAGCACCUGCUGAGCUUCCUCACGCAGAAGUUCGGCCUGCGCGCGCUCAUCGCGGAGUGGCUCGCGGCCGCACUGACCGCGGUCGCGGCGUUCAGCCCCGCCGACGCGCAGGUGGACGUCUUCGGGAAGAUCCUGCUGAACGAGCUGGACGAAGCGGCCAGUCUGUCGUACGAGCACCUGCGCAAAAGCCUGGAGCACGCGGUCGCGGAGCAGAUGCGCGCCAAGCAUCCGUACGCCCCGGUCGACGACAUCGCGGCAAUUGUGAACGCGGCGAUGCGCGGCGCGGUCGGGAUGCAAGACGCGGCCGCGCUCGCGCACGCGCUGUUUGCGUCGCCCGACAGCGACGUUAUCAUCCGGAAGAUUGAAGAACACUGUCAAGAGACAGCCCGGCGGUUCGCCCCGGUUGCGAAAGGCCCCGCUUCGUCCUCUCGGGUUACGCGGAGGCGGUCGUACGCCCGGAUCCGAAGCGCGCCGUCCAAAGUCGCGAUAAGUGACCUGCUCCAGAUUCUUCUCCGCUACCAUUCGGACGUCCGGUGGCUCGCCCUCCGUCCGCUCGUCCGCGCGUUCCCGUCGUACAGCGGCGGCGGCCCCGCCCUAUGUUCGGACGCCGAUCUUGUCGCCCUUUUUGGUUUGUUUCACCCGGACCUAACGGAAGCGGACGUCCGGAGGCUGCUCCGCUGGGCGCAAGAAGUGUCCGGAGAGGGCCCGGUGACAUUCUCGGACACUGUGGUGCUGCUCACGAAAGCGGCUGGGGAGUUUGGGAUGGAGCAGAGAGCGAGCAGCUAACUAUGGCACAAGAACGGGUGGCGAAACCAGUGAAGUCACGGGAGUGCACUCCUAGCUUCACGAAGUAAUGUCAAGUAGAUCGAGGUCGAGGUAAUUAUAUUCUUAUCAAAUGCAUGCGCCGAAUGUUUCAUAUUAGCGUCCCUAUCUAUACUAUCACAAACUUUACGAUGGUACGCGCGUAGCGCAUGGACCCUCCCAUCUUGUUGGAGACUGCAAGUACAUGACAGUGUGCGCGGCCGGUCAGCUUCGAGUCAGUUGAGUGUCGCCCGCGGCCGCCUACAUGCUGCGCUCAGCUCCAGUGGCUAGGAACACAUAUGCACA